ACUUCCCUCCCGCCCUCGGCUCGCAGCCGCGCUCUCCCCGCCCCUCACCGCAGCCUGCAGCCGUGCUCCCCGCCGCGGUCCGCCUGGCCCUGCGCCCCGGGGCCCGUUAGUGCCUGCCUGCUCGCGGGGCCGCCGCGCGACCUCAGCCCGGCGCGAGCCCACCUCCGCCCCUUGACCCAGCCCAGUCCCAACGCCCAGUGCGGCCGCCCAGGGAGCCGCAGGAGCGGCGGCGGCGACGGGGGAAGAGGGAAAGGAGGGCCGAGCCGGCGGCCCCGAGGCUCGGUUCUGUAGCUACUUUGUUCGAGUUCGGUCUCGCCCAGCCCGACUUCUUUCUCUGAGUACUUUGUGCGAAUAAGUUUUGGAGCAUCGGUUAACAGCCUAUGGGUGAAAUUUGGCUUUCAUUCAUGAAUGAGGGAUUAUUCUUGACAGAAGUAUUUUAAAAGAAAAAUCUUUACAAUGGCCUCAGCAGUUCUUAGUUCUGUUCCCACUACUGCUUCUCGUUUUGCCCUGUUGCAAGUGGAUAGUGGCAGUGGUUCUGAUUCUGAGCCUGGAAAAGGCAAAGGUCGUAAUACUGGAAAGUCUCAAACAAGCAAAUCAACUACAAAUGAGAAAAAGAGAGAGAAAAGAAGAAAAAAGAAGGAGCAGCAACAGAGUGAAGCAAAUGAGCUCAGGAAUCUUGCUUUUAAGAAAAUUCCCCAGAAAUCCUCCCAUGCCAUUUGUAACGCUCAGCAUGAGCUUUCGUUACCAAACCCAGUACAGAAGGAUUCACGAGAAGAAAAUUGGCAAGAGUGGAGACAAAGAGAUGAACAGCUGACAUCUGAAAUGUUUGAAGCAGAUCUUGAGAAGGCAUUGUUGCUAAGUAAAUUAGAAUAUGAAGAACACAAAAAGGAGUAUGAAAAUACUGAAAAUGCUUCAACUCAGUCAAAGGUUAUGAAUAAAAAAGAUAAAAGAAAGAAUCAUCAGGGAAAAGACAAACCUCUCACAGUAUCACUAAAAGAUUUUCAAUCUGAAGGUAAUACAGAUCACAUUAGUAAAAAGACAGAGGAAUUGAGUUCUUCUCAGACUUUAUCACAUGAUGGAGGAUUCUUCAAUAGACUGGAAGAUGAUGUUCAUAAAAUUCUUAUUAGAGAAAAAAGAAGAGAACAGCUUACAGAAUAUAAUGGAACAGAUAAUUGCGCUGCUCAUGAACACAACCAGGAAGUAGUUCUGAAAGAUGGAAGAAUUGAAAGACUAAAGUUGGAACUUGAAAGGAAAGAUGUUGAAAUCCAGAAGCUGAAAAAUGUGAUUACUCAGUGGGAGGCAAAAUAUAAAGAAGUAAAGGCAAGAAAUGCACAAUUAUUGAAAAUGCUUCAGGAAGGUGAAAUGAAAGAUAAAGCAGAAAUACUUCUGCAAGUUGAUGAAUCACAGAGUAUCAAGAAUGAGCUAACUAUACAGGUGACUUCACUUCAUGCUGCAUUAGAACAAGAAAGGUCUAAAGUGAAAGUAUUACAAGCAGAAUUAGCCAAAUAUCAGGUAUGCUUUUAUAAUUUUGAAAGUGUUUACAUCACAAAUAAUACAGUUGUAAUAGAUACUAUAUAAGAAUAAAUGCACUAUUCUUAGGCCAAAAUUUAUUCAUCAAAAAUAUUAAUACUUUUGUUAUUAUUGGUCAUAUAAUUUAUGUUUUAGAAAAUGUUAAGGUUAUUCUAGGCAUUGGUAUAUACAGCAAUAACUAAAGUAUUUCAGAAAAAUCCUUGGUACUACAUAGAUGAUGUGGCAUACAUGCCAUUGAAUCAUAUUAAGGAUAGGCACAUAAUGACAUUUGUCCCAUUAUGUAAUAAGUUUAACCACUUGGGUACAGCAGUAUCUCCUAGAUGUCUUCAUUGUAAAGGUAUAUUUUUCCCUUUGGAAUUAAUAAAUACUAUGUGGAGUGAUACUUUGAGAUUGUGUGAAAAUCCUUUUGUUUUUACCCAGUGGUUUAGUAUACACUGAUGAUAUUUUGUAGCAAUUAUUAUUUUGGUGCUUACAAAAUAGUGAUUUUUCUAAUUCUGUGAUUUCUUCUGCAUUUAUAAGCUGGCAUUAAGCAUUUUUUUUUUCUGGAUGAAGCAGUAAAAAAAUAUCAGUGCUUUGUUUCAGUAUGUGUACACACAGACACACACACACAUAUAUUUGUAUGUACGUAUGUAUGUGUGUCUAAGUAAUGAUAUAAAGUACGUUAACUAAUGAGGGGGUCAUAGUCGAAAAGUAUGAAAGCCAUUGGUGGCCUAGAGAACAUAAAAGCUGUUUAGCCCCAGCUUUGACAUCUCAUCAGAAGGAGAAUUUGCCUGGGAGACUUUGAAAAGGAUCCUUGAAUUUUUGUGUGUUUUUAAAAAUCUUGUUGCGAAGCAAGGUAAGAGUUUUAAGCUGUAUAACAUUGGAACCUAUGUGGUUAUCUACCUUGUAGAAAAUUUUUUGAUACAUUUAUUUUUAUUUUCCUGCUAUCAGGAAAUAAAUCUUAUUUUUUAAUACAUGUAAUUUUACAUCUCAGGUUUCACAUAACCUCUUCAUACUUAUUUUCUCUGAAUGAAUCCUUCCAAAAGUUUUAUUUGGUCAGGAAUAAAUAAUAGCAUUCUUAUACUUGAUUUUUUUAAAAAAGAAGGUUGAUGUAGAAAUGUUUUUGAUCACCAAGAGGAAAGUUAUAGCAGAAAAAGGAUGAA